AUGAGUUCUUACGCCUCUCCAACUAGUAUGAGUGAUGCAGAAGGGAUUAAGACUUUUGUCUACACCUGGCUGCAUAAAUCACAGCGAAAAGUUCCGGAAUACACCUUCCAGCAGCGCUCAAUGGGUCGUGGACGCUUGCGCUUUAUAUGUGAGCUUCGUGUAGAUGGCUUUGCCUAUAUUGGUGUGGGCAAUUCGGUUAACAAAAAGGACGCCCAAACCAAUGCUGCACGUGAUUUUGCCAGUUUUCUUGUCCGUGAGGGCUAUUUGAAGGAGUCGGAAGUCCCUACUAUCAGAGCUGAAGAGUACAGACAUGUGGCGGACGAAGAUAGGCAUUGCGCCGCAAUGUACCCAUCUACGUCUUCCAGUGGUGCGAUGCAUCCAUCGUAUCACCCGCCUCAUUUACAAGUUACUGAGACCGAUGUGCCUGGUAGAGGUCCUAACGAUUCUUAUAUAAACAGAAUAAUGGACAGAAUAAAACUCGAGGAGGCGGAGGGGAUUGACCUCACAGCUGAUAUUCACGGUGGGUGGUCAAUGGAAAAUUCAAAAGCCCGGUUGAAUGAAUAUCUACAGGCUUCACGUCAACCGCCGGUCCAAAUAAAAUUCACAUCCAUUGGACCUGAUCACAAUAAGAGUUUCCUGGCUGAGGCAACUGUUUGGGCAAGACGUGUGAAUAAAACACUUUAUGCGCGUGAAAACGGAUCAAAUAAAACUAUGGCGUCCCGAGCCUGCUGCCUUUCUCUCGUGCGACAGCUAUUCCACGUAGGUGAAAUUGAAGCCUACUGUGGUGAACGAAAAAGGAAGCGCUCUGACGAUUUACCACCCCUCGCAGUAAAGCUGAAUCCAGACCUUGAAAACCGUCUUCAUGCGCUGCUGGAACGAUUGCAUCUCGUGCCUAACCUCUCACCACCUGUACCUUCCCUGAAAACUAGUAGAACUGCUGUUGGUAGUUCUGAAGAGGAGCACAAUAUGAUCACGAAUUAUCAGGUUGCUGAUUUCGAACCACGUCCUCGUCAAUCGGCCCAGUUAAUUUCAUGGUGCCCACCCAUUGAAAACUGGAAUCCCUGGACUGCUUACAACAUCGACGAAGGCCCUGAGGCAUUGAUGUCUCUGGCCCAAUUAAGUCAGACCUAUAAGGAGCAGUAUGAACGUCGCAUCAACAGUCGAGGAUAUGAAGUGAUAAGGGAAGAACGUAAUUCUUUGCCGGUAGCUGCUUUCAGUCAACAAAUCCUUGAGACUAUCGCAAGAAAUCAGGUCACUCUGAUCAAAGGGGAAACUGGUUGUGGCAAGACUACGCAGAUACCUCAAUUCAUACUGGACUCGUAUUUGGCGUCAGGCAGGGGCGCAGAGUGCUCGGUGUUGGUGACACAGCCGCGUCGUAUCUGCGCCAUCUCCUUGGCAGAGCGGGUGGCGAGCGAACGCUGUGAGACAGUGGGCAUCUCGGUGGGCUACUCGGUACGCUUUGAGACGAUUUUGCCUCGGCCCUACGGUUCUAUCCUCUUCUGCACCAUUGGCACCCUCUGUCGCAAAAUGGAGGCGGGCAUCCGUGGGGUCUCACACAUCAUCGUCGACGAGAUUCACGAGCGUGACGUCAACACGGACUUCGUGAUGAUUCUCAUGCGCGAUCUGGUCCGUGCCAACCCCUCCCUUCGUGUCAUCCUCAUGUCCGCCACUAUCGACACCACCACCUUCACAGAAUACUUCGACAACACGGCCAUUGUUGAACUCGAGGGACGAACCUAUCCGGUUUCGUGUUUCUACUUGGAAGAUUGUAUCAAUAUGACAAACUACGUGCCGCCGCCCAAUUACAAUGAGAAGAAGAAUAAAAAGCCACGACUGGAGGAGGAAUUGACCAUGGAGACGGAGGAGAACUGCAACUCCAUUUGUCCUCCAGGGUAUCCUCCUUCGGUGGCGGAACGCAUGCGCCAGAUUCCAGAAAAAGAGGUUCCCUUCACCCUCAUCGGUAGUCUACUCGAGUACAUAUGCAGAAUGAAUAUUGACGGUGCAGUCUUAAUAUUCCUGCCUGGCUGGAAUACAAUAAGCAUGUUGAGGAAAUACCUUCAGACGCAUCCUUGCUUCAGCAAUCCGAACGAGUUCCUCAUUUUGCCGCUUCACUCACAGGUGCCUAGGGAAGAUCAAAGACUUGUUUUCCGACCUGCACCUCCUGGUAUUCGAAAGAUUGUCCUCUCCACCAAUAUAGCCGAGUCCUCGAUUACCAUUAACGACGUGGUGUUUGUCAUUGACACCUGUCUGGCUCGAGUGAAGAUGUUCACGGCGCGAAAUAACCUGACCAGCUACUCUACGAUGUGGGCAAGUCUUACUAACUUGGAGCAGCGACGAGGUCGUGCGGGUCGGGUGCGGGCAGGAUUCGCAUAUCAUCUUUGCAGCCGGGCGCGGUUGAGUCGGUUGGAGCACUACGCCACUCCUGAGAUUCUCCGCACUCCCCUCCAUGAACUGGCCCUCAUGAUCAAGCUUCUCCGUCUCGGUGAUAUUCAGACCUUUCUUCGAAAGGCCCUCCAAUCCCCUCCUCUCGAUGCUGUUAUCGAGGCGGAGUACACCCUUCGUGAGAUGAAGGCUUUGGACUCGAAUGAUGAGUUAACACCACUGGGUCACAUCCUAGCACGUCUGCCAAUCGAGCCUCGGUUGGGUCGAAUGCUGGUUUUCUCUUGCGCCUUUCGGCUGGGUGGCGCAAUGGCGCUGGUCGCGGCACAUUCUUCCUUCGGCUGCGACGUCCUCGCCAUGCCACCGGAUCGCCGACGCCUCUCGUGGGAGCAACUCCGUUUCGCUGCGACCACUAAUUCCGAUCACCUGGCAAUGCUCAACGCCUUCCAGGUCUGGUCCACCAAGCGCGCUCAGGAUGGCGAUCAAGCGGCUAACUAUUUCUGUGACGUUAGGGAGCUCAACGCCUUCUCCUUGCGCAUCAUCGAUGAGGCCGCAAAUCAGAUUUGCAAUAUCCUCAUGGGUUUGGGCUUUCCCGAGUCAGUGCUGUCCGAUCGUCUUAUAAACUUUAACAACCGGAGCUGCUCAACUUUUGACUACGUUGCAGCAAUGUUGACCAACGGUCUCUAUCCCAACAUCGCCUAUCACGUGGAAAAGCGCAAACUUCUCACGGCUGAGGGUAAAUGCGCGCUCGUGCACAAAGGUUCUGUCAAUUGCACCAAGAAUCCUACAUUCGCCUUCCCCCUCUUUGCCUUCACCGAAAAGAUUCGAACACAGGCGAUAAGCUGCAAGACCCUGACAAUGGUCACACCCAUUCAGUUGCUGCUCUUCGGUUGUCGACGGGGCGUCUGGAAACCGAAGUCGACUGGUUCGGAGAGCGCAAGAUCUGACGAACGGAGGGUGGCGCUGAUGGAGGAGGAGGGUGUUGUGUUACUGGACGAUUGGCUGCCCUUCCGCAUGCGAUAUAGCACUGCAGCCCGUAUAUUCGCGUUGCGACCGGCACUAGAGGCUCUCCUCGUACGGGUGUGCCUACGGCCCGCCUGCUUGGAGAAUCUCUCGCCCGAGGACAGAAGUGUUAUUGAGCUCACCAAGGAACUGUGUCGUCUCACUGCUCUGCGCGACGCAGCAACCCUCGACGAAGCAACUUGCGCUCGCUUCAACGCUGAUCCAAGGUGCCCUCACCCCACUGACUCUCGUCGACAAAUCGGGCCGCCCGAAAUGAGCGCCACCAGUUUUGACUGGGACGAAAGCCAAAGUCUUGGCUGGGGCUAUCGUGAAUGGCAGGAUGAUUGGAGUCACACCUCUAGCAACGCAGGCCAUCCACCCCCCUACUGCGUGCAUGCGGGUGUCCACGGUACGAAAAGAGAUUAUCCGUGGCCGAAUCGGGAGACUUACAUCCCUCAAAAUUUUGGUGAUCGAAGUGGCUCCCUGCCACAAUCUGCUGGGUACUAUGCGGAACCCCCGCUGCGGCACGAGAAGCUUGAUUACGGCUACGAACCGACGUUAUCCAGGCCGCCAGGACCGCGUAUUGGUAUGAUUAUUUACAAAUUUGUGUUGUCAUCACGGGAAUCUAGUCCUGGCUGGGUGCCGUUGAGGUCGCAUGUGAUUGACUUGUUAAACCAGAACAAAAUGAGCGCAUUUUUGCUGGCAUCCAAUGUGCUUACCAAUGAGGAGUCAGCGUACUGGCUGUGUGUAGAUUGUUCUACAGUCAGACCCCGAUUCACACAUCAUGAGCAGGAAUCUGUUGUUGAAAACCAGGAGGAUCAGUCUAUUAAUGAUGGGGAUUCCUUGUCUGAAAACAAUUGGGAAAUCCUCGGAGAUGAACUGAAUAUUUAUAUACCCGAUGAACAACUGAGUGUACUGGCUCGUGCCUUUCCCGGUGUGAAGGCUUUUUCGCACUCCGUGUCUGUCUACGGACGCGAGUGCGCGCUCUGCUCAAGCCACCUAUCUCCGGAUGAUGCAACGCUUGACUUCUUUGAUGGCAACUUCUACUGCUCUAAUUGCCAUCAGGGCCAAGAGGCCGUGAUUCCACGCGACAUCAUCGAAUGCUGGGACUUCACUCCAAAACCAGUGUCUUUCGCUACAAAAAAAUUUCUUGAUUCCAUUUCGUCUCAUCCGUUGAUUGAUAUCGGAUUGAUAAACCCUUCCCUGUUUGCGUGUAUUCCGGCGCUGUUAAACUUGCGACGUUUGCGGCGAACACUCUCCCUUCUCUGGUCUCUAGUGUCGAGAUGCUCUAAAGCUACAUCCCGCAGCCUAGUUUUGGCCCUGAAGAACCGUAGCUACAUGUUGGACAACGUCGACACCAUCGACAGAUACUCCUUCCAGGACCUUCUGGAUGUACAGAACGGUGAUCUGGAGGAACUCAUACAGGCAGCAGUCGACCAAGUGGCCUUGACUCAUGUUACCUCCUGCUCUGGUUGUCGAGCAUGGUUAUCGUUUUGUGAUAUCUGCAAGGACGUGUCAAGACCGAUUUGGCCUUACCAGGUCGCCCAAUUCAGACGAGUAAGUUCUCGAGGACCUAGAAGACUUCUGGUCUGUGAAGUGGAGAGGCAUGUUAGAUUCUCACUGUCAUCCUAG